UUUGUUGCUAGUUUGUGUCAGUCGCGCUGCAAUGCAAAUAGCCUGGGGGUGUGUGUUCGCGUCAAUCGUUCCAUGUCCGUAAUAAGUUUCUUAGUUUCAUAAUAUCGUCUUGAUACUUGCGAUUUCUCGUUUACAUUCGGAAGCUUCGAAGAAUUCCUAAAAGAUUUUCCAGGUUCUGGCGUUAGACUCGCAUUCUUCGGGGCAGGAUUGCAACAUAUGCCAGAUUGCCAAUGUUAAUCUGCCAAGAAUGAGUCAAUAAUUUCCUGGCCAUAAUACACAUAUUGAAUUACUUAAUAAUAUUUACAUAGCUCAUACCUAACACAAUCCAGCUAACGAUAAGUGUCGGAUUGCCCCCAGUGUGUGGCAAUAGUGCUAGAAGUGCCAGUGAACGACCCAUUACCCAAGCGAGGAGGAAUUGGAGAGCUGUUGAUGAUAACUAGAAAUUCGAGACGAACGUGUUAUUGUUGAGCUUUCAAGUACAUGAAAUGCGAGCAAUAUUCCAGCGAAAAUGCCAACGCCAAUUCAUCGAGUGCACAAUUUAAGCGCAACAGAUAGCCACACGGACGAAAUCGAGGAGGAUUGUGAGGAUGGAACCCCUUUGAUUGGGACCAUUGCAGAGGAUGGCGAAUUCCCCAAAGCGCGGCAUGUUUUUGGACUCAUGGGAUUUCUGGGCUUCGCUAUUGUCUACGCGAUGCGGGUCAAUUUAUCAGUUGCCAUUGUAACUAUGGUAAAUCAAACAGCCAUUCCAAGAAUCAACACAUCCGUGGCCGAUGUAUGUCCCGUAGUGCAUCCAACGAAUGAAACAGAACCCAGACAAGAAGGAACAUUCCUUUGGGAUGAAGCAACGCAGGGUAUCGUUCUAGGAUCUUUCUUUUACGGAUACGUUCUCACUCAAGUGCCUGGUGGACGACUUGCUGAAGUUAUGGGAGGCAAAUUGAUUUAUGGCAUCGGUGUAUUUUUGACUGCUUUAUUUACACUUUUAACUCCGCCGGCAGCGUAUUGGAGUCUUCCAGCUCUGGUAGUUGUGCGAAUUUUAGAGGGAAUGGGUGAAGGUGUUACAUAUCCAGCGAUGCAUGCAAUGCUGGCACAUUGGAUUCCACCGUUGGAACGAAGUAGAUUUGCUGCAGUUGUUUACGCAGGUUCGAAUAUUGGCACGGUUAUAUCUUUGCCUUUAGCUGGAUGGCUCUGUUCGUUGGAAUUUAUGGGUGGAUGGCCAUUAGCUUUUUAUAUUUUCGGUUUACUAGGAAUUGUAUGGUUCGUAUUUUGGAUGUUUCUUGUUUAUGAUACCCCGAGCAAACAUCCGCGAAUCAGCCGCAGUGAGAGGAACUACAUUGAAAAAUCGAUUAGACCCAAGAAAGACGACAAUGGAUCACUUGAAACUAGGGAGGACAUUGAUAGUAUUCCCUUUGGUGCUAUUCUAACUUCGCUUCCCGUGUGGGCCAUUUUGAUUACUCAAUGCGGUCAGUCCUGGGCAUUUUACACACAACUCACUGAGCUACCGACCUAUAUGGAAAACAUAUUGCAUUUUGGAAUUGAAUCGAAUGCAGUGCUUAACUCGCUUCCGUCUCUUACAAGUUGGAUUUUCGGCAUCAUAGCAUCAAUGAUCGCAGAUCAUCUUUUAUCCAAAGGCUAUAUCUCACUGAAAAACUCCUAUCGCCUUUGGAAUACGGUAGCGACAAUUAUUCCAGCGAUUGGACUCAUAGGGGUUGCAUAUAUUGGAUGUGAUUGGGUUUGGGUAAUGGUUAUGUUGGCGGGAUUGGGGGCGUUUUCGGGAGCCGUUUAUCCAGGAAACCAAAUGAAUCAUAUCGCUCUAAGUCCAAAGUAUGCUGGAACAUUAUAUGGAUUAACAAAUGCAGCAGCGAAUACAUGCGGCUUUUUGGCCCCAUAUGUGAUAGGUAUGAUUAUUAAUGGUCGUGAAACAUUGGAACGAUGGAGAAUAGUAUUUUACCUAGCGGCGGGGUUAAGUACCGCAGGAAACUUUAUAUACCUGAUUUUUGUGAGUGACGAAGAGCAAUGGUGGUCGAAGAAUCGAAACCGAAGGAAUGUCUAAAAGGAAUGCGUUUCAGAGCAAUGGAAGUGACUCAGUAUUGAGCAUGCCUACGAAUCGAUUCACUGCAAUGCAAACGACGGUUCGGUAUGCAUGGUAGAAGUGGGAUAAGCAAAAAUGUGACAAAUAUUAAACUAUUUUUUUUAUAGAUUGCGUUUUAGGUUUUGGUGCUGCUCUGAUAUUCUGCAUUCUCUUUGUAUUUUCAACAAUGGGUUUUAGCAGUGCUCAUUCCAUUAGUUUUAUUCUGCUUAAAAUAUCUACAACAUACUUUCCGACUGCAAUGGUAUUAAGAAAUAUCUCCUCUCAUAAAGUUUAUCUCUUAGUUUUCAGACCAAGCCAAGCUUGUUUCAUUCCAGAAUUUGCUAUUAAAUUAUUAUUUAUUUACACAAAGACAUUGCUUAUCUCUUUUCAUAUUUUGAAUAAUUAGAUUACUUAACGAAAGAUUCAGAAAUAAUUUAAAAUGGAUUAAGGUCGUAAAAAGCACAAAAACCAAUUAGUUCAGUAUUCGACAAGUAUCAAUAACGCCUCGGCUGUAUGUAUGUGGUCGGUUUUGUUAUUAUAUGUAAGGAUAAAAAUGUGAUAACUUUCACCUGUUUACCAUUAUACCUCCUUAUUUAAGAUGCUGUUUAUCAUUGACCAAAUGUACAUUGUGCACGCAAUGAUUUGCCUGUGAAGAUAAAAUCAAAAAUCAUAUUUACACUUUACAUAAAAUAUACUUCGAAUUUGACGGUUAGAAAUAGUUUACACACGCAAACACAAAGUUGACUCAAAACAAAGUAAAUAUAUUAACGAAUUACUGUUUCAAAGAACGAAUUCAUUUCGAGGAAUGAACUAAAUAAUAUGGAACAUGUUACGAAUUUGAUCGAGAUAGAAUCUUUUAUAUUUAUUCUGUUUAUUUAUGAAUAAAAAUCAAAUUUCUACCAGAAAAA